GGAACGCACAAAUGUAGUAGGGUAAAAGUGCUUGGAUUGCAAUCAAAUGAAAUACUUUACGCCCAAGGAAUUGAUCAUUUAAUCAAACGAAGUCCAUAAAUGUUUCCUAAUAAAUUUAAUCAAGCUUAGUUUUCCAAAUAUUCACAGUGAUCCAGAAGAAACCCGAUAUGGCGAUAAUGACAGUCCCUGCUUCCUCCAUCGCCGCCGUAAGGAAGAAUCCCGCUAACCGCUUACAUCCAGCCCCUCCUGCGCUGACCGAGGUCUUCGGAGUGCUACGACCCCGCCGAGUUUUCGCCCGAAGGUCCUGGCCGAGAGGAAUUGCUCCGGUGAAGAAACCGUCGAGGAAUGUUAUCUCUUCCACUCACUCUGCCUCGGCUUCGUUCUCGGAGGACUGCGGCAAGGAAUUCGACUCCGAUUGCGAGAGUUCAUGUUCUUCGACUGCAUCUUCCAGCCAUCCUACUAAUCCUCGUCCUGAUGAAGAUGAUGAUAUUCGGAAGAAGGAUGUCCCAAUGUGGAAGUUUGUCCCUAAAUCCUCGACUAGUUUUAUUCUUGUCAGGGUUCCGAAUUAAUUUCUAGGUUGUAAUUAAAAUUCUUAAUUCAUACUCCCAUGAUCCGAUUUUGUGUAGCUGACUUUAGAGUUUAGAUUAGUCGUUUAUGAGGUUUAGCUUAUGGUGACAACUCCGGUACCCAUUUAAAAAAUGGGGUACCGUACCUAUCAUGCAUUUGAUUGGUCCAAAUCAUUAAAUUCCUUUUAAUUUAGAUUUAAAUAAUUCAACUGCAUGAUUCUGGUUGGUCCAUGUGGACAAAGGUACGGUACCUUAUGGGUACCGUAGAAUCUACCUUAGCUUAUGCUUGAAUUCGGGUAUGCCCACAUGAUUAAACGCGACCUGGGUUCUUGUUUAGAUUAUCGAUAUUCGUUUGUAUAUUUCCGGAUUUAUGUUUGAUAAUAUUAAAUGAGAAGUUUCUGUUCCAUUGUA